UAAUAUGUAUAAGGUCCGUCCAUCGAACAAGUUUCCUCGUAUUGUCGAACAUUGGCGAGAUCGAGACGCGUGCUGCACAUUCGUAUUGCACGACGCAGUAAAGCUUUCCGCUACUCCAUCAGCUUUAGAAUUGUGCUCGGUCAGACUGAGUCGCGUGUUGCCCUCGUGUUGACUGUGACGCGAAAUUUUUAUUUUUAAUUAAAUAAAAAUAAAAGAAAGAAUUGAAGAAGAAGAGAAAUUAAAAUCGAGAGAAAGCAUGUCAGACAUCACGGUGCUGGAUGGCGGGUUCUCCACGCAGUUAUCGACCCAUGUGGGCGAGAGGAUCGACGGAGAUCCUCUAUGGACCGCGCGUUUCCUCGUGACGAACCCGGACGCCGUAUUCGCGACGCACUUGGACUUCCUGCGCGCCGGCGCCGACAUCAUACAGACGAAUACGUAUCAGGCGACGAUCGACGGCUUCGUGAAGCACCUGGACAUCACCGAAGCGGAGUGCCUUGAGAUAAUUCGCAAGGCCGUCGAUUACGCGAAGGACGCGGUGAACAUUUACAGCGAUGAGGUCGAGGAGAUCGCGGAUACUGAGCAUGUGACGAACCGGAAACCGCUGAUUGCCGGAUCCUGCGGACCUUAUGGUGCCUGUCUACACGACGGCUCGGAGUAUACCGGUUCGUACGGCACGCGCGUGUCCAGGGAAUUCCUGGCCGACUGGCACAGACCGCGUAUACGCGUACUGAUAGAGGAAGGCGUCGAUCUGCUGGCGAUAGAGACGAUACCAUGCGUCCGCGAAGCGGAGGCCGUGGUCGAUCUGCUGAAGGAAUUCCCGAAUACGCGCGCGUGGCUGUCCUUCUCCUGCAGGGACGACGGGAAAAGCCUAGCGGACGGCAGCAACUUCCAAGAAGUUGCCGUGAGAUGUUACAGAAAUGCGUUACCCGGACAGAUAUUGGCGAUUGGCAUCAACUGCAUCGCCCCGCAACACGUUACCACCUUGCUGAAAGGCAUCAACUCGGGCAACGCGGACGAUUUCAUACCGCUGGUGGUGUAUCCCAACAGCGGGGAGAAGUACACAGUGUCCGAGGGAUGGAAGAGGGAAAGCGAGGUUCUCUCCUUGCACGAGUUCAUUGACGAGUGGCUGGACCUUGGCGUCCGCUACAUCGGCGGUUGUUGUAGAACGACCGCUAAAGAUGUCGAACGUAUAAGAUACAGAGUAGACGCGCGACGAGCAGAGAAGAAAUAUUAAUCUAGCAAUCGUUGAGAGUGCCUUCUGACGUGAUUUCUAUGUAAUUAUGUACUCCGACAAAGUCAUGUAUGUGCCAUGACCUGAUUUUAAUUUUUAUUAAUGUAUACAAAAAAAAGAAA